UCUAUCGCCAGUAUAAUGUGUGCUUCCUCUUCCUGUUUCCCCUCAGGCCACUUCCUGGGGAACCACAGUGUGUUGGACCUUUUGCGGCAGGAGGGAUACGAGGUGGAACACACGCUUCCUGGAGAGCCAAUCACAGAACCCUCGUCUGAGCAGGAGGAGGCGACGGCGGCGCCCAGUUUGGGGACCCCUGAGGCAGUGACCCCGUGGCCCCACAGCUGGGAUACCAGCGCCCCAGGUGAGGAGGAGCAGGAGCAGGAGGAGGAGCUGCCUCACCUGCUGCUCCCGGACAGCCUGAGCCAGCUGGAGGAGUUUGGGAGGCAGAAGAGACCCCGAAAACACCAGCGCUCCCACACCCGGCCCCGCCUCUUCAGCGACCUGUGGGUGCGAAUGGAGGCCAGCACCACUCCACUGCCCAAUAUAAGGAUAACCAAUGGCUAUAUCACCGUGGAGCCUCCAAUCACACGCCAGGAACAGCUCAGGAGACCCAGAACCCCUAGCUUGGCCCCGCCCACUGCUCCUCUGGACUCUGCCUCGCCAACCGCUAGCCACGCCCUCGCCAGCCUGAUCAUUUGUCUGAUUUCACACAUGCUGCUGACCUCCUGACCACACGGGGGAGCUGUUCGCACAUCUAUUUUGACUGUCCAGAACCCCUCGUGCCCUUCACGUUGCCGAAAGGGUGAAUGAGAGGUGAGAGGGGGCGUAAACCUGGAAAAGCUAGCGAGUAUUAAUGCAGGUGGCUCAAACCCUACUUCUGUCCAAGUUGUGAGAGGACAGUCAGAUCUAGAGUCGAUGCGCAUCUGAAAAAGUAUCUAAAAAAUAUUGAAGCAUUUAAGCUUGAUUCGAAGUACUUUCCCCCAAAACCAUAGAAUGUCCACUAGAGUGGAAAAUUUAUUAAAGAAGUUAAUUUACUGAAACAAUAUGUAAGGAAAGCUAAUACACAUGUUUUGCAUCGCCGUCCAGAGAUAUUCUCAUAGAAGUCCUUUUCCCACAAAACCAUAGAAUGUCCACUAAAGUGGCCAAUUUGUUGAAGAAGUUCAUUUACUGAAACAAUAUGUAAGGAAAGCCAAUAUGCAUGUUUUGCAUCGCUGUCCAGAGAUAUUCUCAUAGAGGUAAACAACAGUCUUGCACGGUAACCAUUGCUAAUUAUCUGUGCAGUUUUGGGGAAUAUCAUCUAUAUCCAAAGCUCCUUGGUUUCUUCAGACAGAGAAGAGACGGGUAGUAACUUCCCUGGCUUUAAAGCUGUUAUAUUAUUCUCUCUGUAAUGACAGACAGACUCAGGACCUCACUUUCUCCACAAAGCUGUGGAGGCGAGUAAGGUGAGAACAGCUUUUUACGGAAUCUCAGAAAUGGACUUCGGCACCUGGCAACGUCAUCAAAAAAUAAUAUAAAGUAAAUGAAUAUAGAAAGUCAGAUUUUUCACAUUUAAAAAAAGAAGUCUAUCACCUAAGAAAUUAAGAUAAGUAAUAUUGAUAUAAUAUUAAUAAGGAUUAUUAAAAUUAUCAUAGAAAAAAAAUGUAAUUCUACUAAUGAAAAUAACAAUUUUAAUAAUAAUAAUAAUAAUAAUAAUAAUAAAGUCACUGAUAUUUUAUUAGCUAAAGGAAAGGGAUCCUGCAGUUGAGGUUUUUGUAAAUUGUGCAUUUUGUUCAUAAAGAAAUAUUGUAUAUUUAUUCUUUCUUGAAGAGUAUAUUUUCAUGCAUUUGUUGAUUAUUGAGAAAUAAAAACGUGCAAAAACACUGAA